CGUUUGUAAGAAAAAAAAAUAAUUUAAAAAAGAAUUGAGUUUUUUUGAAGAAGUGUAUACAUUUUGUUAAAAAAAAGGAUUUUUUCAUCGAUUUUGUUAUACCGGAAACUGUGAUCACACUGCCAACAUGCAAGUGUUUGAUAAUACCUUACGCCGUGCCUCCAGACGCGCCUCUUUGAGACGUGGUUCCAUCUCUGUGCUACCACAAAAGAAUGCCGAAAUUCCUUGGGAUAUUUUGGAGCGUCUAUUCAUGCCAUUCCUGUUUUGUCAUGCCGCCGCCAUUAUCAUUUCCAAUGCCUUACAUGUCCUGAAUAUUUCAACGGUUUCAACAUUCGCCGUUUUCGUUUGGUUUGCCUUGUCCACCGUGGGCGCUGUUUUGUUCUAUCAUUUCGUUAAGUCCAGUUUCAUCUGCAAUCACAGCUCUUUCCUUGAUCCCAAUUCCUCUAUAUAA